CUCUCCUGAGGCUCAUUUCGUCAAGAUGGCUGCCGCGAUCAAAGCCCUCAAUGCGAAGAUACGCUCAAACAAGUACACAGAUUACUUCUGCUCGACUCGUACGUUUUUACACGGACAAUUGCGAAGCAUGCUUGGAGAGGCUGGCUUUCGGAGGAGGUGGACAAAGAAGCAGAGGAUUAGAAAAAGGAAAUAUAAAAUGAGCAAAGAUCCUGAGAUUAUCUCCGGCCGUAUGACCGGCGCCCUCACGCUCUACUCCGGCACCUUUAUGCGCUACGCCUUCGCUGUCACGCCCAAGAACUACCUCCUGUUCGGCUGCCACGCCAUCAACUUCAGCUCCCAGCUCGUUCAGGGAUACAGGUAUCUGCAAUACUGGAAUUUCGGCGGCAGAGAGGCGAGUCUGGCGGACAAGGCCAAGACAGAGGCCAGCGGUGUAGCGGCGGUUGUUGAGAGUAAAGUUCACGAGGUAGCAGAUAAGGCUAAGAACAUUGUUGGGAAAUAGAGAUAAUUGAGCGAGGAAUGGAUAGUGUGAAUAUCAAGCGAGACUAAGCCCGACGAGUGAGUGGUCGGAUGACUCAGGACAAUGGAUACGUGCACCCUUCUUGCAUGAUAAGGCGGGAUCCAAGAGAUGUCUUGGGUCUUUAUACUUUCUUCUCCAGCUACUGUGUACAAUACUGCAGGGUCCCGGACAACACUAGGGAUAACCGGCAAAUACCGUUUAUUCAAGCCAAUGAACAUUUCUUGCCCAAGACAC